AUGCCCAGGGUAGGUGUCUUCCUAGAUGACUUGAUCAUAACAGGGGUCGACGACCGAUCGCACAUAGACACGCUUUACGAGGUGUUUGAAAGGUUAAGGAAAUACGGUCUAAAGGUUAAAAAGGACAAAUGUACGUUUUUUGCUGACUCUGUAACGUAUCUCGGUUUCGUAAUUAGUAAGCACGGCGUGCAUACAUGCCCUGAAAAAAUUGAAGCGAUCAAACAGGUACCGGUUCCUAAUAAUGUGUCAGAAUUGCGGUCAUUUUUAGGUUUAGUAAUGUACUAUGCAAAGUUCGUACCGAAUAUAAGUACCAUUCUGACGCCCCUCUACGCGCUUUUGCGAAAAGAAGUGAAGUACGAGUGGAGUGACGCUUGCAUGCGCGCGUUUAAGGAGGUAAAGCGUAUGUUGGUUUCGGGCGAUAUAUUAGCGCAUUAUUCACCAGACCUUCCCCUGAUUCUGACUACAGACGCGAGUAGUGUAGGGGUUGGCGCUGUGAUAUCGCACCUCGUGCCCUGCGCCGGCGGCACGGGCGCUAUCGAGCGGCCGAUAGCGUACUCAUCGCGGGUACUGAACGCCGCGGAGAAGUCGUAUUCGCAAAUUGAACGGGAAGCACUUUCAAUAAUUUAUGGGGUCCGAAAAUUUCACCAGUACUUAUAUGGUAGGAAGUUUAUUCUAAGAACGGACCAUAAGCCCUUGGUGACAAUUUUCGGCGAUAAGGUAGGAGUACCUGUAAUGGCUGCAAGUCGUAUGCAGAGGUGGGCAGUUAUUCUAGCUGGUUACGAUUAUACCAUUGAGUAUGUGCGCAGUGAAGGGAACGCGGCCGAUGCUUUAUCUCGCUUGCCGGUGGGUAAGGAGAAAAAGCAACGAAAGGAAGUGACAUAUUUAAAUUUUAUCCAAAACUUCCUGCCGAUUACGAGGAAAAUGGUACAAGAUCACAUUAGUAAGGAUGAAGUACUAAAGAAAGUUUUUCUGUUUGUAUUAUCCGGCUGGCCCACUAGUUGUGACGAGGAAGCUCUUAAACCAUAUUACCUGCGGCGCAAUGAAUUGUAUAUAGACCGGGGUUGCAUAAUUUGGGGUUAUAGGUUAGUCGUUCCAGAGGCCUUGAGAAGUAAGUUACUCAAAGAAUUACAUGUUGGCCAUUUAGGUAUAGUGAAAAUGAAGAGCUUAGCCCGUAGCGUGAUGUGGUGGCCCGGAAUAGACAGCGAUAUCGAGGAGUUAGGUAAGCAGUGCACGACGUGCGCGCUAGAGGGCGCCGCGCCGCCGCGAGCGCCGCCGCAGCCGUGGCCGUACCAUCCGGAGCCCUGGUCACGUUUACAUGUUGAUUUCCUGGGUCCUUUUCAUGGUGAAACUUUUCUAGUCAUUGUAGAUUCUACAACUAAAUGGUUGGAAAUAUUCAAAAUGGCUAAAACGACUGCUAGGGGAGUAAUUAAAGCGUUACGUGAGACUUUUGCCCGCUUUGGGUUACCGGUAGAGGUAGUUUCGGACAAUGGUCCUCCGUUCACUUCUAAAGAGUACGCACAUUUUAUGGAAACUAACGGUAUCAAAAUGACGUUCACGCCAGCUUACCAUCCAGCCUCGAACGGCGCCGCGGAAAACGCGGUGAAAUUAUGCAAGCGAGCCAUCAAAAAGGCACUGCGAGAUGGUUGUGACGUCGAUGAAGCUCUUCAAGCAUAUCUCAUGAUGUACAGGAACGUCGAACACGGUUCCACGGGGUCUGCUCCAGCUAUGUUGUUACAACGGAGAAGACUGCGAUCGAGGCUAGACUUAUUAAGGGGUACUCGGCAGGUCGAAUCUAGGGUACAGCAAGCUCAAGACAAACAGGUGUAUAACGCGGGAGGUAAACCCAGGGAACUUAAUGUAGGCGAUAACGUAUGGGCGCGAGAUCAUGCCGGGGGAAGCUGGGUAAGUGGUCUGGUUAAGGAGAAAGUAGGGUCCCGGAAUUUUAUUAUAGCUAGGGGAAGUGGUCCACAACUAAAAAGGCAUUUAGACCAGAUUAAAAAAAGGCGUAGUAGUUAUACAGUGGCCCUGCCAGAGGUGUCGGAGGCGGCGCCAGGCGAGGAAUCCGCACCCGCAGUUAACGGGACUGAGGCAAGUCAGAGCUUGCGCGCGCCGGACUCUGUGGUGGAACCCGAUCUUGAGGAACCACCUCAGCCAUCUAUAGAAAUCGGGUCUCAAGACGCCGUACCCAGUCGCACGGAAUGUAAUGCGUCUCCUGCGGACCGACCCAAGCGCAUUCGUAAACCCGUGCAAAGAUAUGGCUUCGAGUUCGAUUAA